GCACACGUGAACAACUGAAGUGAAGCUUACGACAUGGCGCUCUCAUCCUUUCUAUACGCCGCGCAAGCGUGGCAUCCGCUUCGAGAUGACACCAAAACCUACGUGUCUUACCUUGUAACGGCGCUUCUCUUCUUCCUUUUGGUGUACAGCGGCCGUGAAUCUUAUCCUGACCUCCCUCGCUUUACCCCGCCGAAUGCAGCCAGGUUUACCUGGCUGACACAAAAGGUCGACUUCAUUUUGAACAGCAAAGAGCGUCUGGCGCAAGGCUCUAGGAUGUUCCCCGACCGGCCUUGGAAGAUACUUACCGAUAUGGGCGACAUCCUCGUGAUCCCCCCAAAGUACGUCGAAGAGCUUAGAUUGAGUACGGCAAUGGAUUUCAAAGCCGCUGCAUCAGAUGAUCUCCACUCCUACGUUCCUGGUUACGAACCUUUUGCAACUGAAGAUGACUUUCUCAAAGCCAUCAUUAACCACGUGGCCAAAGCCUCAGGAUCCUUGACCAUGCCAAUCUCGAAUGAAGCAUCCGUCGCGGUUCACGACCAACUCAAAGACCCCAAGGAAUUUUCCACAAUAUCGCUGAAGGAUGUGUCCAUAAUUGUUUCCCGCAUGGCCUCCAGGGUCUUCAUGGGCGAGGAGCUGUGCCGCGACAUGGCUUGGAUCGAGGCGUCGUCGACGUACGUGCUCACGGCCUUCAAAACCAUCUAUCUCCUGAGCUUCUUCCCGCGGUCGCUGCGCUCCGUCAUCCACUGGUUUCUGCCUCCGAUUUAUCUCGUGAGGCGGAAGCUGAGGCAGUGCCAGGCUGUCCUACAGCCGCACAUUGACAAACGAGUCGCCAUCAAAGCCGAGUCAGCGGCUCGCGGAGAACCGCAUCCGUACAACGAUUCCAUAGAGUGGUUCUCCCGCGAGUGCUCCCCAUCCCACGAUCCCGCGGCCUACCAGAUUACGCUGUCGAUGCUAGCAAUCCACACCACCUCCGACCUGCUCUUCCAGACGAUGAUUGAUAUCGGCAAGAACCCCGACAUCGUAGCUCCCUUACGCGAGGAACUCGUCAGCGUUCUAAGCACCGACGGGCUCAAGAAGUCGGCUUUCCAGAAGCUCAAGCUCAUGGACGCCUGCUUCAAAGAGUCGCAGAGAAUCAGGCCUGUCGUCACCACCUUCUUUCGCCGUCUUGCCCUUGAAGAUGUCAAGCUGUCUGACGGGUUCGUUAUCAAAAAGGGCACCAAGGUGGUCCUGGAUGGGAACCGCCUGCUGGACGAGGAAAUAUAUCCCGAUCCUCUGCAAUGGGACCCCUAUCGGUACAUGCGCAUGCGCGGUAUCCCGGGCGAGGACAGCAAGGCCCAUCUGGUGAGCGUGACGCCCGCCCACUUCGGCUUCGGCUACGGCGUGCACGCGUGCCCGGGACGCUUCUUCGCCGCCAACACGUUGAAGAUCGCCAUGGCCCACCUGCUGCUCAAGUACGAGUGGACAAUCCCCGACUCACAACGGAAGCUCCAGGGCCAGAGCAUUGGCUCCAACUACAGGUCUCAUCCGGACGCCAGAAUCCUGAUCCGCAAGCGCGAGCCGGAACUCGACAUCGACUCGCUCGGGUUCUGAGGAUGGCGAGACGCAGACCGUAUGGCAUGCGAACACUCUAUCGCACGGCCACGGGUGUGUGGCCGAAUGAGCAUGGCAGGUCACCAACGAGCAGGGGCUGCAUGUCAAACAGGAUCAAUGUGUCAAUUUUUUGUGCAUGCUAGCAGGGGUUUUCUAGAUGGUCGGAACAAAAGUCAAACAUCACAGAGUAUAGAACCAAAUUCUAGAGCAUGCAAAAUCAGUUUGACAUGCCUUAGUUUGACAUGUUUUAGAAGCAUCACAGUUUAUGUUAUUGCUGAAGUGGCGAGAGCGUCUAGCAGGCACUAAGGGCCUAAUCAGCAAAACCAAUAACAGUCCAAUAUUAGCUGUACUCUAAGAAGAAAAUACAUAGGGUUAAGGUCAAGGAGAGUUAAACGUAAG